AUGCUCACUCCCAAGUUCGACAUCACUCAGGAUGAUGAAUUCAUCCAUGUCAAAAUUUACAUUAGUUCUAUCAGGUUUUCUUCCCACGGUGUAGAAGUUGUCAUUGACGGGAAUACGCUCAUAUUCCAUUUAGCGCCUUACUAUCUGAGAUUGCGGUUUGAUAAUGAAUUGGUGGAGGAUGAAAGAGCGAGCACCAAAUUUAUUGUUGGUGAGGAGUGUAUUUUGGUUACGGCACCCAAACGAGUUCAUGGCCAAGUGUUUGAAGAUUUAGAUCUGCAUAGUAAGUUACUAGCGAGAAUCAACGACGACGCGGGCAAGGCUGCGAACGAUAAACCGAAUGGCCCACUGAUUCAAGAGUUGGAUAGUAAAAGAAAUACAGCUGAGGAUCCUAACGAGUUGAAAAACAUCUCUGAGCAAGGUCAGGCAUUCGAUUGGGAAAUUGAGCAGACAGAGCAGCCCGAGAAGGACAUACUCAACGGGGCUAAGUAUGGGUUCGACGGUGCGUAUAGUGAUAUCAUCGGUUUGUCCAUAUCAAAUGGAAAUGAGAUAAACGGUCUGAGAGAUCCCGAACACACGAAUGCUAACGAGCGGUGUGUGGAACGGUUACGGACUGAGGAUGUGUCCUUUGAUGAUGGAUAUUACGCUUCUGAGUAUAUGACAGGCAAGUACGGCGAUGAGGACGAUCUAAUGAUCAGUAGAAUCCGGGAGAUCAUGUCCUUCACGCCACCUAUAAUCAAAGAUUACUUAGAUUGGCGGAAGACUGAACCAGAUACCCAAGCGACCAUGCCAAUUGAGUUCAGUGACAAAGAAAAGGAGCAAAUGCAGAAAAAUUUACCGCACAAGAGUUACAGUCUGUUGAGCAGCGAGACGACCAAACUGAGUUAUAUCACCAUUCUGAACAUUUUGUUCAGUUACAGUUUCGAUCUCUUGGAAAACGAGGGCGACCAAACCAGUGAAAGUAUUUGGACCGUGGGGAAGCUCACCCCGCAGAUUGCGUACUUGGAUCAGCAACUUGUGCCCGAGGAACCACCACUACAAGAAAACGUACUGAUAAAAGAGGCCACGCACAGUAGCAACAACCCUGCUACAAAGCAGGAAUCGAUCAUCCAGUCCAGUAUAAGAGCAGGGUUCCGGAGGUCUCUCUGCUAUCCGCUCCACAGAGUUUUCGACCUAUCUGAAAGAGCGUGGCGCCAUGCGUACCACAUACUCAGCGGCGGGAAGCGGCUUGUUAUCAAGGUACUACUGGCGGUCCAUGAGCUGUUCCGGUACCACGACGUGUACUACGUUUACAACAAGUGCCUCCUGGACGAUCUGUGCAGUUGGUUCAUUGACCAAGGCAAUGAAACGGUGAUCAGGUCACUGGCUCUCGAGGUACAUAAAGAACUGUCGCAAGUCUCCAAAUCCACCGUAGACUUCCUAGUGGAAGACGACGACGACGACGACGCCGGCAUCAAUGACAUCGACACUGAUAAACCCGGAGAACUGCUCACCUCGAUACCCCCAGUGCAAAGCGAGGAACCCACCGGGGGACAGGGAAGACCAACCGUGCGCAUCACCAUCAACGAGGUGGAGACUCUCGCCGAGCAGAUGUACGCGCAGCGUCCCUAA